AUGGCGUCGUUGAACCUGUCCAUCAACGGCCCUUCCAUAAAGAGCAGCUACAAUGGCGUGGUCAAUGGCCCUCCUCCCGCUGGCACCUCGGCCACACUUGCACUGUGGGCGCUCUUCUCCGUCCAAGCUCCCUUGAUGAACGCUUUCCAAGACAGUGGUUCCAAGGAGAGUAUUCUCAAGGUUGAAAACACCGGAGGUGGUGAACUGGCUGAUUUGAUCGAGGACUUCAAUGAAGGCCGCAUUCAAUUCGCUUUCGUAAAGGUCAAGGACCCCAAUACAUCUCUCCCGAAGAAUGUCCUCAUUGCCUGGUGCGGCGGCGGCGUUCCUGAGCGCACCAAGGGCUACUUCACGAGCCAUCUCAAUGCUGUGGCCAAGGUUCUUCACGGAUACCACGUCCAAAUAACCGCGCGCUCUGAUACUGACCUGGAGCCCGAAUCAAUUAUGCAAAAGGUUGCCGAUGCUUCCGGAGCCAAAUAUUCUGCCGGCGGUUCUGGGGAUGUAGCUCGAGCAGCGCCUCCCCCAGUCAAGUCGAAGCCUGUCUUUACGCCGACCGCUUCCAGCACGGGUAGGGCAUUUGAUCCCCUUGUUGCUGCGCGCUCCCGGAGAGAUGAGAAUGUUGAUGAGGAAGGAUGGGGUGUCGAUGCCCCCCCUGUCACGAGAACCGAGAUUCAAAAGGUGGAAUCUGCAUACAAGCCUACAAAAGUCAACAUGGCGGAGCUCACGAAGCAAAAGCCGGAGCCUUCACGAUUUGAUGCCAGCAGUCGACAGUCUGACGGAACUAGCGAUGUUGUAGGAGGAGGAUAUCAGCCUGUGGGCAAGGUAGAUAUUGCCGCUAUUCGAGCUGCCGCACAGAGAAAAGAGGAUGACAGGCCCACGCCGGUGAAGGGCGCGUACGAACCAGUUGGGAAAGUCGAUAUUGCAGCCAUUAGAGCCAGAGCCCAAAAACCUGUUGAACCACGGGAAGAAGAAGCUGCGGCGGAACCCAAGCCUUUGGCCGACCGAGCCGCGGCCUUUUCUCACCCCGCCCACUCGGAGAGAAUAACGUCAUUGCCCAAACCCAAGGUUGCUAACAAGUUCGGAGGCGCCUCCACGUUCACCGGUACAAAGGCACCGACUCCAGGAGGUCUAGGUUUCGGCGGUCCAACUCCUGCUCCCAAUGUGCCUGUUGGAUCUGCCAGCCGAACUUUUGCUGACCAAGGGGGCAAGACUCCCUCACAGCUUUGGGCUGAAAAGAAGGCUAGACAGGGCGGGUCAACUGUUGGCGCCGGAUCUUCGCCUGUUGCUCCAGCAUCGGUUACGCCUCAAUCGAGUGGAGGGCAAGGAUGGAAGAGCGGCUAUACUGGAAAGUCCUGGGCCGUGCAAGCACCGGGCUACUCCCGAGAUGGACUGGUUGAAAGCGAGCAGCAGCAUGCCGAUGACCGCCAAAGAGGACCUGCAGACGAGGCUAAUGACUCUGCUUCUGGCGUCUCUGCUUUGAGAGAUCGUUUCAAGGAUACUUCGCUCAUCGGCUCAGCACCUACACCCCCUGCGCCACGCCAGGAAGAUGCGCAAUCUGUUCCCCCUCCACCUGUGCCCGAUACCUCUAGACCAUCCGGCGGCUUCGCUCUUCCUGGCCUUCCCAGCAGACCGCCGCCAGCUGAUGAGGAGGAAGAGGAAGUGGAGGCGCAUGCUUCUACAUAUGAGCCUGCUGGGCAAAGGGAGCCAUCGCCUAUCCGAGUGGCGGCGCCUGUCGCUCGUGCUACGGAACCCGAACCAGAGCCUGAACCCGAGCCCGAGCCUGAACGACGACCUCUCCCCCCUCCUCUUCCCGCCCAGGAACCAGAACCUCCGGCUCCAGAAGUUGCUCGACCACUAGAGCCGGAGACAGAGCCAGAUCAUGGAGCCGCCGCCGGAGGCCACCGCGCCGUCAUUAUGUAUGACUAUGAAAAAGCAGAGGGCAACGAAAUCGACCUUGUGGAAGGCCAGGUUGUUAUCAACAUCGAGAUGGUAGACGCGGACUGGUGGAUGGGAACGAACCACCUGGGAGAGAGCGGGCUAUUUCCCAGCAAUUAUGUUGAACUAAUCGAGGAAGAGGCUGGUGUCACCCCGUUGGCAGCUGCAGAAGCUCCCUCGGCACCCUCGCCUGCUGCUCGUGGAGCUCCAAGUGCCCCCGCGGCGGCUGGGCCGACUGCAACAGCUUUGUAUGACUAUGAAGCGGCGGAGGAUAACGAAUUGUCAUUCCCAGAAGACGCGAAAGUUACAAACCUCGAAUUCCCUGAUGAGGACUGGUGGUUUGGCCAUUAUGGUGGCCAUGCGGGACUUUUCCCAUCUAACUACGUGCAACUGGACUCUUAG